UUUGGCUCUCGCCCCUGUUUGCUUUCCGCCACCUGUGUAAUUCGCUUUCCGCGCCAUCCGGUUGCAAUUUCGCCUCCAUCUUUUUUAUUGCUACACCUCCUCUACCGCCGCUGCCCUUCGGAAUCACCAUCCACAGGAAUCUUUUUCCCCAUCUACAGUAUUCUGGGUCCGCGCCGACGAACCGACCCAUCAACUGCUGCUGCUGCUACUGCUGCUGCCACCAUGCCCGCCCGCACACUUCCCACCAUCCCGGCCGCCGAAGUCCAGGCACACAAUUCGCAAAAGAGCUGUUAUGUCACGAUUGGUGCAAAAGUCUACGAUGUCACUUCCUUCCUCUCCGACCACCCCGGUGGCGGCGAUCUGAUCUUGGAGUACGGUGGCAAGGAUGUCAAAGAGAUCAUGGAGGACGAGGUAUCGCAUACCCAUUCAGAGGCUGCCUAUGAGAUCCUCGACGAGAGUCUGGUUGGAUUCAUGCCAACGGAACCCAUUCUGAACGGCGCUACCAAGAGCUCGAAGCCUGCGGAAAUCGUGCCCCUCCCACCGUCGAAACAAGGCCAAGCCGAAUUGAGCAUUCACGAGCCACUUUAUGCCGCCACAGGCAUGUCCUCGGCGGAAGACAUGGAGAAGGAGACGGACGUGACCAGCGACUACAAGACUCACAAAUUUCUUGACCUUUCACGACCGUUGUUCAUGCAAGUGUGGAACGGAGGGUUUGACAAAGACUUCUAUCUAGAGCAAGUCCACAGGCCUCGACACUACAGAGGUGGCGACUCUGCCCCCCUCUUUGGCAACUUCCUGGAGCCAUUGAGCAAGACUCCUUGGUGGAUCGUCCCAUUGUUCUGGAUACCGCCGUCCAUGUUCGGUACCUGGUGGGGUAGUUCGUCUUUGGGGUUGGGGCCGACUGUGGGUUAUUGGGUGUUUGGUGUCUUCUUCUGGACAAUCAUAGAAUACACCUUACACAGGUGUUUGUUCCAUCUGGACUACUAUUUGCCUAACAAUCGUGUCGCCAUCACCGCGCACUUCCUGCUCCACGGCAUUCACCAUUACCUUCCUAUGGAUAAAUACAGGCUGGUCAUGCCGCCCACACUGUUCAGCGUUCUGGCAGCUCCGUUCUGGAAGGUCGCUCAUGGCAUCAUAUUCUGGAACUACCAAGCGGCUAUGGUGGCCUAUUGCGGCGGCAUCUUUGGUUAUGUCUGUUACGAUUGCACCCACUACUUCUUGCACCACCGCAGUCUCCCUGCGUACUACCAAUCCCUAAAGAAAUACCACCUCGCCCACCACUUCGCCGAUUACGAGAAUGGCUUCGGGGUCACAAGCCGCUUCUGGGACAGGAUAUUCGGCACGGAGAUUGCCAUGCCGGCGCCAAAGGUGGUCAAAUCGAACUAG